ACCUUGACCCAGCCAAGUGACUAUAAAUAGUUCAUCAUCCUGUCAUAUAUUUGACUGAUUUGACGGGUGAUAUGGCCCACCCCCAAUCAAGAGACACAAUAUAGAAAGAACAGACAGAACCGUUGUAAGACGCAGAGCAUCGAAUCACAGUGAUCAGAAUUAAAGAAAUCAUCCUGAGACAGAACAAGAAUUGACCAUAAUGGAAUAUCUCACAGCAGAAGGUAUAAUUGUAACAAACAGAAUUUUUGUUGGUAGUAUUCCUGAUUGGAUGUGUGAAACUAAACUGCAGUUGGCAUUCCAAGAUCUCAACUUUGAUGUUCAAGAUACAAGAAUUGUAUUAGACAUGAAGACAGGGGAACCGAAAGGGUAUGGUUUUGUGACAUUUUAUAAUGUAAAUGAUGCAAAGGAAUUGAUAAAGAAGGGUUUUGUUGUUACCAAUGAUGGAGUUAAACUUAAAAUUGAUACAGCUGUUAGAAAGAAGGGUAUGCAACAUCGAUUACAGAACAUGUUUUCUCAGAACGUAAUGAUCAACAAACCUGCGGGAUACGAUCAUUGCAUAUUCUACCCAAGUACACAGAAUCAUCACACACAGCAAGCUCAGAUACCUGACAGUUACAAAGCAAUGGGCAAUUAUGCUACGAAUAUUCCAUUUCAUCCAUCAUGCACUUACUUUUGGCAAACCUAGGUUUCAACAGCUGGGCAUCCAGCUUUCAAACAUACUGUAAAUAUUAAGCAGCAUGCUGCCCCUGCUGGACAGAUUAUUGCAUGCCUGCUGGGGGAUAUUUUAUAAUCAUUUUAUCAAAAAAUGGUUCGUGUUUAAUAUUAAAGGUAACAUUUGGGGAACUUUCAUGAAUAAACUAUUUUACAUAUACUUUUGGUUUAUAGGUACAA